CUCGGCAUCCUUUGCCGUAGGGAUUUCCGCAGCCUUUCUUUCCCAAUGGGGGCUUCACGAAGACAAGGAUUUGAUAAACGGUUGGGCCUAUGAAGCCGAACGCAUCCUGCAUGGGAAGCCUUCUGGGAUUGACAACAGUAUCUGCACCUAUGGUGGCGCGCUCCUGUUCCGUGACGGGAAGAUUGUGGAGCGGAAUGAAAGGUAAUGCCGUAGACUGUAGACUGACCAUUCCACUAACAGGGACACUCUUCAGGAUUCCUCCAGGUUACAGAGUCAUCCUGGUAGACACACAAGUGUCGCGGAACACACGUAGCCUGGUACAGCAUGUGAGGGAACGAUACGAGCGGCUGCCCAGUGUAGUGCGUCCCAUUCUGGAAGCCAUUCACGCUAUCUCUGAACGCUGCUGGCAGUUGCUUCGAGAGCAAGCAGACCUUGUUGCGCAUAUCGGACAAGCUUCUGAGCUGAUACAGAUGAAUGCAAACCUGCUCAAUGCGCUUGGUGUCGGACACCCUCGCCUGGACGACGUUGCUCGUAUUGCUGCCGACAGUGGCCUGACUGCUAAGCUAACGGGGGCUGGAGGCGGUGGCUGCGCUAUUAUUCUCCUCCCUACAAAGGAAUCAGCCACAGGCAUACAGCAUCGAUUACGUGAAGCUGGUUUCAUCUGCUGGGAAGCCUCUCUGGGAUGUCCAGGCGUAACACUCGACACGGAAAGUUAACCUUCAUUUUAGACAUAUUUAUACAACGGGACCGCGUUAAAUAUACACAUCUUAACUACUGAAGCAGCUGGUCUCCUUCCUCAACUUCCUUGAGGCUGAGUACCUCCAGGUGGCCACGUCCUCUGGACUCCUUCCGCACCAACUCGUCAACGACGCGGAAGUUCCCGGGGUCUGUCAAGAACACCUGCGGGGGACUUUUCUGCUAAGCGGCAGAACUAUAUAGAACCGUGAAUGUAGAUACGUACCAUCUCUAGGUCUCCGGACUCCUGGUGAACCUUGUCCAUCUCUAUGCCUGAAGAAAGAGCCUGAAUGCGUGGUCGCACCACCGUCUUCCCCUGGGGAACUAGUAUUCGCAGCCUCAUCUGGCACCGUUCUAGUGGCAUUACUUCUUUCAGCAUACGUAUCACCUCCAAACACUGUAAAUAUCGUUUGUGUCAAUUUAGUAGCUACUCCUUAAGGAACUACUUCUGUGAAGACCACAAAUAAACCAUGAGACAUGUUGUA